GGGGAAAAGGCGGGACUAGUUGGGUCAGAGCGGGGGCGGGGUUUUCGCGGCUGAGCAGAGCCAGCCUGGUUGCGUGGAGGGUUGUUUUAUCCGCCCCCCCCACCUUUUUUUUUUUUUUUCCCCCCCAGUCCCGGAGUCUUAUUAAUUUCUCUGUGGUGCUGCAGCUGGAGACCGCGGAGCGUUGGAAAUGACGCUCGGAGCUUUAAUUACCGCAGCCGCCGGACAAGUGUGAGGAAAGCUGACAGGAAAAAGAAGGACAGGAUCGGGGGAGAAGCGAGAAGCUUCCCCCCCACCGCCCUCCCAUUCCCUCCCAAUUUGGACUGGAGGUGCAAGGAAACUGAAAAGGGAGCCGAACAUAGCCCGGCAGGGGGGAGAGGCCGGAAACCUACCGCCUCUUUGCAAUCAACUUUUUUUGGAAACCUUUUUCCCCCUUCCUUUUUAUUGUUGACCAACCAGUGAGAGAAAGUGAGGAGGGAGCGAGAAAGCAAAGGCUCACACGGGAAAAUAGCUGCACAGUCCGGCCCGGAGCCCCAGGCGCACACACUCGAGCACACUCCCACACGCGCACACCAGCGCGCACACUCACCCCCUCCUCCGGUCCCCGGCCCUGGACCCGCGGGCGCUGACUCGGUCGCCCCGGCUCGGAGCGGGUGCACCGCGCAAGUCGCGCGCCGGUUCCCCUCGCGCCCCCAGGCGCGCCCGGCUGAGGGAUCUCCUCCGCGUGCCCGAAAGGGGAUAUGCCAUUUGGACAUGUAAUUGUCAGCACGGGACCUGAGACUUCCAAAAAAUGAAGCUGGCGACAGGACUGUGGGUCUGGGUGAGCCUUCUCCUGGCGGCGGGGACCGUCCAGCCCAACGCUUCUCAGUCAGUGUGUGCAGGAACAGAGAACAAGCUGAGCUCUCUCUCGGACCUGGAGCAGCAGUAUCGAGCCUUGCGCAAAUACUAUGAGAACUGUGAGGUGGUCAUGGGCAACCUGGAGAUAACCAGCAUCGAGCACAACCGGGACCUCUCCUUUCUGCGGUCUAUUCGAGAAGUCACAGGCUAUGUGUUAGUGGCUCUUAAUCAGUUUCGUUACCUGCCGCUGGAGAACUUGCGCAUUAUCCGUGGGACAAAACUGUAUGAGGAUCGAUAUGCCUUGGCAGUAUUUUUAAACUAUAGAAAAGAUGGGAACUUUGGACUUCAAGAACUUGGACUGAAGAACUUGACCGAAAUCCUUAAUGGUGGAGUGUAUGUAGACCAGAACAAAUUUCUUUGUUACACAGACACAAUUCAUUGGCAAGAUAUUGUUCGGAAUCCAUGGCCUUCCAACCUGACUCUGGUGUCAACAAAUGGUAGCUCAGGAUGUGGACGUUGUCAUAAGUCCUGUACUGGCCGAUGCUGGGGACCCACAGAAAACCAUUGCCAGACCUUGACAAGGACGGUGUGUGCAGAACAGUGUGAUGGCAGGUGCUAUGGGCCCUAUGUCAGUGACUGCUGUCAUAGAGAAUGUGCUGGGGGCUGCUCGGGACCCAAGGACACAGACUGUUUUGCCUGCAUGAAUUUCAAUGACAGUGGAGCAUGUGUUACUCAGUGUCCCCAAACUUUUGUCUACAAUCCUACCACUUUUCAACUGGAGCAUAACUUCAAUGCAAAGUAUACAUAUGGAGCAUUUUGUGUCAAGAAAUGUCCCCAUAACUUUGUGGUGGAUUCCAGUUCUUGCGUACGUGCCUGCCCUAGUUCCAAGAUGGAAGUAGAAGAAAAUGGGAUUAAAAUGUGUAAACCUUGCACGGAUAUUUGCCCAAAAGCUUGUGAUGGCAUUGGCACAGGAUCACUGAUGUCAGCUCAGACCGUGGAUUCUAGUAACAUUGACAAAUUCGUAAACUGCACCAAAAUCAAUGGGAAUUUGAUCUUCCUUGUCACUGGUAUUCAUGGGGACCCUUACAAUGCAAUUGAAGCCAUAGACCCAGAGAAACUGAAUGUCUUCCGGACAGUUCGAGAGAUAACAGGUUUCUUGAACAUACAGUCAUGGCCCCCAAACAUGACCGAUUUCAGUGUUUUUUCUAACCUGGUGACCAUCGGUGGAAGAGUACUCUAUAGUGGCCUCUCCUUGCUUAUCCUUAAGCAACAGGGCAUCACCUCUCUACAAUUCCAAUCUCUGAAGGAAAUCAGUGCGGGAAAUAUCUAUAUUACUGACAACAGCAACCUGUGUUAUUAUCACACCAUUAACUGGACAGCACUCUUCAGCACCAUCAACCAAAGGAUAGUGAUCCGGGACAAUAGGAAAGCUGAGAACUGUACUGCUGCGGGAAUGGUGUGCAACCAUCUGUGCUCAGGCGAUGGCUGUUGGGGACCUGGCCCCGACCAGUGCCUGUCCUGCCGUCGUUUCAGCAGAGGAAGGAGCUGCAUUGAGUCUUGUAACCUCUAUGAUGGGGAAUUUCGAGAGUUUGAGAAUGGCUCCAUCUGUGUGGAGUGUGACCCCCAGUGUGAGAAGAUGGAAGACGGCAUCCUCACCUGCCAUGGACCGGGACCUGACAACUGCACAAAGUGCUCCCAUUUUAAGGAUGGCCCGAACUGUGUGGAAAAAUGUCCAGAUGGUUUACAGGGGACAAACAGUUUCAUUUUCAAGUAUGCUGAUCAGGAUCGAGAAUGUCACCCAUGUCAUCCAAACUGCACCCAAGGGUGUAGCGGUCCCACUAGUCAUGACUGCAUUUAUUAUCCUUGGACGGGCCAUUCCACUUUACCACAACAUGCUAGAACUCCUCUGAUUGCAGCAGGAGUCAUCGGUGGGCUCUUCAUCCUGGUCAUCGUGGGCCUAACAUUUGCAGUUUAUGUUAGAAGGAAGAGCAUCAAAAAGAAAAGAGCCUUAAGAAGAUUCCUGGAAACAGAGUUGGUAGAACCUUUAACUCCCAGUGGUACUGCACCCAAUCAAGCUCAACUUCGUAUUUUGAAAGAAACUGAGCUCAAAAGAGUGAAAGUACUUGGCUCAGGUGCUUUUGGAACAGUUUAUAAGGGCAUUUGGGUACCUGAAGGAGAAACAGUAAAGAUUCCUGUGGCUAUUAAGAUUCUUAAUGAAACAACUGGUCCCAAAGCCAAUGUGGAGUUCAUGGAUGAAGCUUUGAUCAUGGCAAGUAUGGACCAUCCACACUUAGUCCGGUUAUUGGGUGUGUGUCUGAGCCCAACCAUUCAGCUGGUUACACAGCUUAUGCCCCAUGGCUGCCUGUUGGAUUAUGUCCAUGAACACAAGGAUAACAUUGGAUCCCAGCUGCUGCUUAACUGGUGUGUCCAGAUAGCUAAGGGAAUGAUGUACUUGGAAGAAAGACGGCUUGUUCAUCGGGAUUUAGCAGCCCGAAAUGUCUUAGUGAAAUCUCCAAACCAUGUGAAAAUCACAGAUUUUGGACUAGCCAGACUCUUAGAAGGAGAUGAAAAAGAAUAUAAUGCUGAUGGAGGAAAGAUGCCAAUUAAAUGGAUGGCUCUGGAGUGUAUACACUACAGAAAAUUUACCCAUCAGAGUGAUGUUUGGAGCUAUGGAGUCACUAUAUGGGAACUGAUGACCUUUGGAGGAAAACCAUAUGAUGGAAUUCCAACCCGAGAAAUCCCAGAUUUAUUAGAGAAAGGAGAACGUUUGCCCCAGCCUCCGAUCUGCACUAUUGACGUUUACAUGGUCAUGGUCAAAUGUUGGAUGAUUGAUGCUGACAGUAGACCUAAAUUUAAGGAACUGGCUGCUGAAUUUUCGAGGAUGGCUCGAGACCCUCAAAGAUACCUAGUUAUUCAGGGUGAUGAUCGCAUGAAGCUUCCCAGUCCAAACGACAGCAAGUUCUUUCAGAAUCUAUUGGAUGAAGAGGAUUUGGAAGACAUGAUGGAUGCUGAGGAGUACCUGGUUCCUCAGGCUUUCAACAUCCCACCUCCCAUCUACACUUCCAGAGCAAGAAUUGACUCAAAUAGGAGUGAAAUUGGACACAGCCCUCCUCCUGCCUACACCCCCAUGUCAGGAAACCAGUUUGUAUACCGAGAUGGGGGGUUUGCUGCCGAGCAAGGAGUGCCUGUGCCCUACAGAGCCACAACCAGCACGAUCCCAGAAGCACCACUUGCUCAGGGGGCUACAGCUGAGAUUUUUGAUGACUCCUGUUGUAACGGCACCCUACGCAAGCCAGCGGCACCCCAUGUCCAGGAGGAUAGCAGCACCCAGAGGUACAGCGCUGACCCCACAGUGUUUGCCCCGGAACGGAGCCCACGAGGAGAGCUGGAUGAAGAGGGUUACAUGACCCCUAUGCGAGAUAAACCUAAACAAGAAUACCUGAACCCUGUGGAGGAGAACCCUUUUGUUUCUCGGAGGAAAAACGGAGACCUUCAAGCUUUGGAUAAUCCUGAAUAUCACAACGCUUCCAAUGGUCCACCCAAGGCAGAGGAUGAGUAUGUGAAUGAGCCACUGUACCUCAACACCUUUGCCAACGCAUUGGGGAAUGCCGAGUACCUGAAGAACAAUGUACUGUCUGUGCCAGAGAAGGCCAAGAAAGCAUUCGACAACCCUGACUACUGGAACCACAGCCUGCCACCUCGCAGCACCCUUCAACACCCAGACUACCUGCAGGAGUACAGCACAAAAUAUUUUUAUAAACAAAAUGGACGGAUCCGGCCUAUUGUGGCAGAGAAUCCUGAAUACCUCUCUGAGUUCUCGCUGAAGCCCGGCACUGUGCUGCCUCCUCCACCCUACAGACACCGAAAUACUGUGGUGUAAGCUCAACAGUGGCUUUAACAUAGAGACACACCCGCUCCAAUUUCCCUGCCGCCUCUCUUUCUCUUACGGUCUUCCUUCUAUUCCCAAGGCCAGUAGUUUUGACACUUCCCAGUGGAAGAUAUAGAGAUGCAAUGAUAGUCAUGUGCUUAUCUAACUUGAACAUUAGAUGGAAGAACUGAAAGAGAAAGAUAGGAGGAACCACACUGUUUCUUCAUUUCUCUGCAUGGGUUGGUCAGGAGAUUGAAACAGCUAGAGAAGGACCAGCAAAUAAUAAGGCAAUACUGCCUGCUGUCAAGCUAGUUCUCAAUGUUUUCUCUUUUCUUUCUUUCUUUCUUUCUUUUUCUUUUUCUUUUUUUCUUUCUUUUUUUUUUUUUUUAAAGCAGAUGACUGAAAGACCCAUGCUAUCUGUUCCUACCUGUAGGAACUGAUCUGUAUAUUUUCAGUACCCUUGGAAAUCGUAAUAAAUUUUCCAUUAGAACAAAAGGAUAACCUUUUCUAUAACAUAUGAUAGUAACUGAGAUAGAAAAUCCAGGUUCUUUUCCCAACGGUUUCUAUCCUGAUAAGCAAGAACGGACAACUCAGCUUUCAUAAUUUCUUAACUUUCUCAAAGUUAUAAUAAGUAAUUAUGUUUGGAGGGAUAUUUUUGGUCUUUUUGUUUCAUUUUGUUUUGCUUUGGUCUGUCCCUUUAUAUUACUUUUACCCCCAUAUAUUUUGACUUUAAUUUCUGAUUGGAAAUAUUUUUACAUCAGAGCUUCUUAUGUAUUGCUAUAAAUUGACAGAACUGUAAAAAAAAAUUUUAAUAUGGUGCAGUGACCAUUAUUUUAAAUAUAUAGCCUUCAAAUUUAGAAGGGGAGGCCAAGACACUAGUCAAGUGUAACAUCAAAUCUAACUGUUGUGCUUUACACUAUUGAAUAUGUAUCCCCACUUCCUUUACAUUCUUCAACAUUUUCUUCUCCAUAAAUGACAGUAACAAAGGCAGUUGAUAAUGUAAAAAGUAAAAGGGAAACUAAGAGACAGUUCUGUGUGGUUCAUGAAAACUACUGACACUUUCAGGGGUGGUCCAAUGGGGAAUCCAUUGAACUGGAAGAGACACUGGAUUGGGUAUGUCUAACUGGCAGAUACUCAGAAAUGUAGUUUGCACUUAAGCUAUAAUUUUAUUUGUUCUCUUUCUGAACUCCAUUUUGGAUUUUGAAUGAAGCAAUAUGGAAGCAACCAGCAAAAUAAUUAAUUUAAGUACAUUUUUUUAAAAAGAGCUAAGAUAAAGAAAGACUGUGGAAAUGCCAAACCAAGCAAAUUAGGACUUUGGAACAGUAUCCAGAGAUUAUGGUGAGAGGGCCAGCACAUUAUCUACAAAUGAUAUCACAUUUGCUACACAAGGAAAGUUAUCCAGUUUGUAUACUCCACGUGAAGGAAUGUAAGUAAAGAUUGGCUUGAUUCCAUGGAAUUUCUAGUAUGAGACUCUAUUUAUAUUAAGUAGAAGGUAACUCUUUGCACAUAAAUUGGUAUAAUAAAAAAUACACAAACAUUCACAGUUUAUAGGUAGGUUCUUGGGUCAAAGGUUGUAAAUAAACAUGAAAAAAUUCUCAUGUAAUUAUUUUAAUAUCCAACAUACUAAUCUUUUGAUACUUUGUAUAAUAAUACUUUCUUCAAAUAUAUCAUCCUAAUUCUAGAACCAUCUUUUUAUGUAUAAUUUUUAAAGAAUACCUACUAAGAUGAGCAAUGGGAACAAAUGUUAGGAAUGAGUCUCCUGGAACAAGAAAAUCAGGUAGUCUCUCUUUUCUAAGAAAAUCUGCUUGGACAGUCAUAUGAAUUAAUUUUUUUUUAAUGUUAAAAUUUUGGCAUCAAAUUCAAGUCUACUGCCAAAAAAAAAAAAAAAAAAACCAUCAAUGAGACUAAAAAUCUUUGUUGGUAAAGCAGAGAGUUUACAGAGAGGGAAAAAAAUGCAAAGAGCUCUAGGUUUCUUCCUGUUUUGAAAAAAUAAGUCAAUCCAUCCAUUCAACUCCCUUAUUUUUUCAACUGAUAAUUAUUUAUAGUCUACUAAAAGCACUGUGUAAGUGGGAAAUAUCAACAUAAAUGCAAUAUUAUCCCUAACUUAAUGAUUUGAAGUCAAUUUAUUUAGAAUAACAUUUGAAUUUCCCCCAUAAAUUCAAGGAAUAAGAUUUUAUGGACUACUUUGUGAGCAGUCAUCAUAAAAUCCAUUGUUUGUUAGAAAAUCUAGUGUGAACUCAUUUGGAACACAAAUUAAACAACCUACAAUUUACCAGAGUUAACAAAUAAGAUAGUUUCAUCCAAACAGGAAUUGGUGGAAGGAUAUUGCCUCACUGGCUAAUUGACCUAUCUGGAUUCUACUUUGACCAUUAAGUCAACAGUAGGUGUUGUUCUCUGGCAAAGAACAUUGGAGGCAUCAGGACUGGUUUCUUACUAAGUUAUGAGAAAAAAGGUAAGCUAAAAGAGUGAAGUGGAGAAAGGGAGAGGUUUGUAAGACCCCUUCUAAUGAGGUUCAACAUGAACUUUUCUGAGUUGAAGACACAGAAUGACUUAGGGGCUACAGCCCAACAGCUUCAAAUUCUCCCACCCAUUCAGAAGAGUCUCCAGAGAAAGGGGACCUCACAUAAUUUCUUGUAAGAAUUUGGAUAUAAGCCUCCCUUUCCAAAUAAAUCUGUACCAACUUACCACUGACCGCACCUUUUUUGGAUACUAGAACUUUUUUUUUUUCCUUCUGAUUUACAAUAGUCAUGGUUUCUUCUGGCAUAUGGAAAACAGAAUCACUUAUUUUGAGAAGGAAAGAAAAAUAAUUUUCUUACUGUUAAGGUAAUAGAAUGUAUUCAGUGAAUGUAGUUUCCUUCAUUCUAAGAACACAAAACCCUUAUAUAUCAGGUAAUCUACCACUAACAACUAGAGAUAGAUGCAAGUGUAAUCCGAAAAGACCCAAAAUGCUUCACAAAAACCACUUUAUUGUUCCUUUUGAAUGAUUUCUAUAGUACAUUUUUUUAUUUUAGUUGUUUUUGUCCCCCUGGAAAAAUAUAUUUCGAUGUGUAUGAAAGGAAGAAAAGAAUUGUUUUACCUGUUCCAAAAAAUAACUUACUCAACCCAGCAAAGUGAAAUUUUAAAAUGCCAUUUGAAGCCUGCAAAGUGCAUCAGAAUAUCAAAUCUCAGAGGCCAGUUGUAGCAAUUCGAACAUGCAGAACCAAUUAAGUAAAUCUGAGGAAAAUUAGCAGUGAAGUUACACAGACUAUAUUUUUUAAGUCACCAAAUAGCCGAUCUUGGGGAAUCCCAUCUACAGAUAAGGAAACACUGUAUAACUAAAUGGAUGUUUGAAGAGCCAUUCUUUGGUUCUUACAUGAGAAAAGAUGUUCUCUAAAUCAGAGUAGACCCAGAACCACAAAGCAUCCUGCACCAUAAAGAGGUGCUUGGACUUCUGAGUAACAUUUGGUUUUCCAAACUUUUGUGUCAUAGGUUAGUGUGAGAGUUCUUUCUCAAGUAAUAUUCUUGAAAUUGAAUUAAAAACAGUGCAAACUCAUAUUUUAUUAAAAUAUUCAAACUAAAAACAUGAGCUUCUCUUUUAGUAGAUCAGAAAGAAUGAUUAUCUGUAUAUUGAGAAACAGAAGAGAAGAGAAGUGCUCUAAAUGUCAUGAGGUGUGUGUUAAUACCUUCUAAAAGUGGGACAUGACAUGAAGAUCGUGCAUAUUCCCAAAGCCGAGGACAAAUCAGUAGAAGGUCUGUGAGGUUCUGCUGCUAGAUGAAGUCCAAAGGGCUAUCAAAUGCUUUUUGAAGUGUCAAAGUGAAAGGAAAAAUAAACUUGUUUCAGCCUGACAGGGAAGGAUGUAAAUAAAGCUAACUAAUCUUUAUUUCAAAACCUGAAUUAUUCAUCCACCUAUAAAUGUUGAUUAUUUAACUAGUAUGUAGUUCACAAGGUAAUAGAAAAGAUGAUCAUGAGAGCAUGUAUAUAGCUGGGCAAAACCAUGAUAAUGCUGUACGAUGUAGAUUUAGUUAGUUAUCAGAUAUUAAAUGAUUUUAAUAUUAUUAAAUAAAUCGAACUAGAAAAUUAACCACAAACUACUAUGUAACAAAAUAAAAUGCAGGUUAUGAACACGUAGGAUGGAUUUUGCAUAGUAAAAAAUAAGUUUGCCAUUUAAAAUUGUUAUUUGUUAGGUUUAGCAGAAAGUAGGCAUAUAAAGAGCUGGUUCCACUUGUGAAAAUUUGUUUUAAAGCAUUGCAAUUAAUUUUUUUCUCAUUCUCUCAUUCUUUUGCCAUCUUUAAUUGCAUUAACUAUGAAGAGAAUGUUUUUUAAAAUUUGAUUUGCAAACACCACCUUGCAGAGUUUAACAGACAAAUAUGUUAUAUGACUUUAAGUAAGAGGUCUUCAAAACGAAGUAAAGGAAAUGUAAAUGUUCUAUUACCUUAUGCAGAGAAAAAGACUGAGUGGUGCCCUUUAUUUAGUAAACAAACAAAAUGCAUUUAAUUUGUGAAAUAUCCCUUUUUUCCCGUGCUACCUUCCCAUUUCCAAAAACAAAAAGAAGCAAUUAGUUAACAAUAUUCUGAUAAAUAGUACAAGCAUUUCAAACUGCUGUUAUUUCCAUUAUUUUGGACUCUAGUUAUUAGACUGAUGGUUUUUAAUAUUGCAAAUGAGGAGUCCAGGUGUAUAAACUUCUAGUCAUUAGAAAGCCAGAUAUACUAACUUCUGUAUAUGCCAAAGGCAAGAAAAUUCUGCUGUGCCUCUUUUUGUGUAUAUGGACUUUGAAGGGGGCAGCCUUGUACCCAUGUAGACACAUGAAGGCAGACUCGUGUCUCCUGAUUUCCAUUUGCAUAAGAAUGAAUGACAUUAUACAGAUGUAGAUUAGAUGUGAUUUUAAAAUAAAAGUCCUCAGUGGAGACCUUGAUUUUACUAAUAUUACAAUGGGCCAGCUUUUAUACUUCUGGGUAGAAUGAAUACAACUUUUCUAAUCCCAGAGAUGCCUUUGCAAGAAUAGUUCUCUCCAUACUUAACAGCAUGAAGCUAAUGUGGGCACCACGCUGGGUCAGGAACUCUUGAGUUUGUAUGGACAAAUGGCUUUUAACAUCGUGGACUGCUUCAUUCUUUUCAUUAAAAGGAAAGUUUUUAUAAAAUAGUAGAAAUCUCAGACACUGUUCAGGUGCCACUGUUUUUGUAGAGGUACAAAAAUGUAGGCUGUGUCACUUUUGCAGACUCCUGCCUCACCUCUUUCCUGCCAGGUGAUAUGUUGGGCAGAAGAAAAUGCUUCUCUUUCAGUUAUGAGCUGAAAACACUCUAAGCCCAGCUUCCUGGGGGUUAGACCCAUGCUUCUCUUGGAAAUUACCCCUUGACGGUCAACUUUGUGAGUAAGUGAUUAUCUUAUUAGGAGUUACAGAAAAUUAAUUUCUCUCGAGAUUUAAAGAAAAAUACCACCCUUGCUUCUUUCCCCAUUGACACAAUCACCUCUCUUCUCUUUACUGUCUACCAUCCUCUUCAAAGUGGCCCUCUUGAGGCUGUACCUCUCUGAAGCCAUAGUGGAUCUCUGAGAUCCCAUACAUUGCUUUGUGGAAACACUGACUUAGCCUCUGUCCUCAAAUGCCUGACUUUUCUAUAAAUGAUUCUAACAAUGUGGACAUUGUUAAAAAUACUUCUCAAAGAAAUUACUGCACAGAGUAUUCUUUAUGAUAUAAAAAUUACGUUAUUCCAUAAAGAUCGAUUCUCUUACAAUAUCCUUCUCUGCAGGAAUUUGAGUCGAGUCAGCCCUGUGAUGAAUCUUGAAACUCACAUAUGUGCACGUACCCGUGGUAGGACUUAGAUUUAAUCUUUUCAUUAGAAACUUAGAUAUAAUCAGAAGUUAGUUUUGCCAACAAAUUAACUUAUUUACUUUAUAUAUUUAUUUUAUUCCUGAUCGCAAAUAUUUCACAGCUGCUGUACUUUUUUUUCAUAAAUGAAGAGUCUUAUUAUCAGAAAGGUAAAGGCUAUUCAGCUUUGAGACCCACCUGUAAUUCUUUAUUGGACCAUUCAUCUAUCUGACAAAUACACAAUGAGGGCAGUUUCACUGCAACAAAAAUCUAUGUUAUCUAGUAAGUUGCCACCUUUUCUCUAUUUUUGAUUUUUAAGGACAUUUUUAUUUCAAUGCUCUAACAAAUUUUACCCAUAUCGUCUGAAGUGGUUUUAUUUGUACAAAUAUACAAAUAUAAGGAAACCAAGUUUCAUACCUGUAGACAAUAGUCUGACUUGUCCAAACCACUUUGCCUUUACUGCUAUUUUUAUCCCUAAUGUGUAGAUGUUUUCCCCCAGCCUGCAGCUCUUUGGAAAUAAAUCAAAUCAUACCUCCUACAUAUUGACAUAACCUGGUUCUUGAGUAUCAUUUCCAGAUUCUUCAGUUAAUGGGGGUUGUACAUUGUCCCUAAUGUGAGAGUCAUUUUCCUGUAUAUUUCUGGAUCUCUCAGGGGCUGGGAGGGGGGGGAGUGAGGGGACUACACCAUAGCACUCCAAGAACCCUUUUGGGCUUACUCCAGUAAUCAAGUAUGGAAGUUAUUUUCUAAGUGUAGAUAUGUAAGCUGUUCUUUUAAAGUAAGGUACUUUGAAAAAUGUAGCAUAAAUUGGUACUGCUGUUAAAUGGGUCGAUUAUAAAACUGAGCAGCUGUGUGAGGGCAGCUAACUUUGAAUGCACACCUCACUGGCUGGUGUGUCUACAUCUCCCGUUGUGACCACCAGGGACUUGCAUUGCUGCAUGUCGGAACUGCAUCAUUACAUGGUAUGACUAGUUCAUCUCUUUUUUAGGCACCAUUAUAGCAAGAUCAAAUGAAAAUGAGAACUGUCUGUCAGACAAUUCAUAGCACAAAAAAACAAAGUCAUGUUAAAUCGUCUCUCAAACACUCAUCUCAUACGUGCAUCCAAGUAGUUGACUAAGAUCAGUUCAGGUGAUAAAGGGAGACAUUUUACCGAAAAGGCAGAGGCUUAAGGUGUUAUAUACAUUUGUAUUCAUUUCCUUAUGUUCUUAACUUGUAAAAAGAAAACAAGCCCUCUCUCUUGUGAAGUAUCUUCAAAGGGCAGGGCUGCAAAAAUACCUAGCUGGUAAGCCAUCAAUGUUUCAUUUAAAUCCCAGUGUUCAAAGUUAGCUGCCUUUUUGAAAUAAACAAACAAAAAAAUACUACUGUAUGUUUGAAAAUGUGAAUAGUAUUUUUAUAGCUUGUUAAAGACAUGGCUAGUUGCAUUUGUAAAUAAGGAUAAUGUUGCUUUGAUUUUCUUUUGUGGACAUCUUUAUUUGGGACAUAAUGUCUUUAGGAUUGAUUUGUAUAUAAGUAAUUGGCUUGUGAUUGUUUCCUUUUGGUUGGAAGUUAUCAUUUUGACAUUACUUGUGAUUCUGUGUUCAGCACUAUUGUGACGUGUUCAACCUCUGCACUCGCUUACACAAUAGGAUAUGCCAAUUGUGUGUGGUGUAAUGUUAUUUUGAUUUUUUUCUAUUUUAUCUAUGAAGGAUUAUGCACUUAACACAUACUAACUUUUUUAAUGUUAGGUCUAUUUUUAGUAUAAUUUCCCUUAUUCUUUCUUCUCUGCCAACCCUUCACCCCAUUCUACUUUCCUUCCCCCAAUUUCUGUUGUUAUUUGAGAAUGAGGGACAAACAGUAUUUUAAAUUUCUGUAAUUAGGCUUUUCAGUUAGUUCUCAAGGAUCCUCUCUUGGCUCUUGGGAAAGAAUUGUACCUGUAUAAGGCAAUUAUAGAAUGCGACCUGCUUUGCCUCAUUCCGUACUGAUCAUCCCAGCUGAACAAUUUGAAAACUGUUCUGCCUUUUUGUUACAUGAAUCUGUCAGAAAUAUAUUUUUAAUUUAAUAUAAAUGAAAUUCAAUAA